GCAGCCGGCCGGCUGGGCUGGCUGACUGGCUGGCAGUCAGUGCUGUGCCAGGCUAGGCAGCGUUUGGGUCGACCGCGCCUCGUGCGCCAGCCUCGCGAGGGCCUUCCGUAGCGGCCCGACACCGCGGUGCCUCCAAGCCCAGGGCCUCGUCGGCCUCGCCCACGUCGCGGCCUGCCAUGUGCGUCCGGCGGCCAGGGCCAGGGCAGGGAUGUACAUCCCCACAGACCCGUGCGGCGGUAGCGGCGCGGACCUGCGCUACCACCAGCUGCUGACCAUGCUCAAGCCGCAGCCCACCGAGCCCAACAUCCAGGCCGUGGUGGCGAGGGCGGGCCCCACCUCUACCCCCGCCGCCGCCCCGCAGGCCAAGGCCAACAAGGAUAUCAACAUCGACGUGAUCUCGGCCAAGUGCUACGACGCGAAGAUGCCCCCCACCCUGGCGCCCCCGCUCCUCAUAGACGCCGACAACUACAUGCUCCGGGACGUCCGGCCGCGCUCGCUGAGCCACGGCGCCCUCCAGCGCCCCCCCAGGACCCCCCACGGGUCCCCCGCCCCCCAGCAGCAGGACG